ACAUAAAACAAGGUGAACCAUCGCUAUCCGUGGAAACGUGUCUUUUUUUUCUUUAACCUUCAGUGAAUGAAAUAAUGUGGGAGGUGGUGAACAUUGCUGGAACUAUGAAUUGGUGGAUACCUUCUGACAGUUUUAAAUCAUCGUAAAGAUCUUAACCAAAUGGUUGAAUUGACGUACUCCGCGGAAAAUCAAGAGAGAACAAUCAAAGAGGACGAGGUGGGAGGCAGUACGGUGGUAGCCGAGGGUGUAGUAGGCGGCAUAAAGGGCCCAGGCGGCGGGUGCCGCGCAUCCUCGAUGACGAUGGCCGAGAGCGCCGUGGAGGACGCUGCAGCCGCGCCCCCGGGUCCGGCCAAGCCGCCACCGCCCUCCUGUACCAACAAUAACACCCUAGCGGCGACGGCGAACCGGAACCACCGGAACCUUCGCAGACGGAAGAGGUUGGACCAGGUGUUGGACAUCCUGCAACACCGUAGCUCACCUUCCGAGGGCGAGGUAUUGAGAUUCGAGGGCAGUGGACCAGCCUCCGAGGAAGAAGAGGACGUGUUCGGUUCUCCAAGGUCGUCCUCGAGAUCCGCCGCUGAUCCACCGUCGGGCAUCAGUCUUCUUCCCCUGAGGCUGAAGAGCGAGGAGCCGGUGACGCCCAGCGAGGAAGAGGCUAACGCGAACACGAACUCGAACGCGAACGAGGGGAACGGCGAUCAGCAACAGCAGAAUCAUCAUUCUCAUUAUCCGCACCAUCCCUCGCAUCAUCAUCGUCAUCGGCACAGGCAUCAUCAGAGGAACAACGCGAAUCACCUGUACGAUCAUCUCCAUCCGCCUCAUCAGAGAUCGUCGGCGCCCAAGUACGCGGGAUGCACUUGCGUCCAAUGCGCACAGUCCGCCACCCCGCCGAUGAUGUUGCCCUCUCCGACUUCUCCCUUGACACCCCUAACGCCUCUCACUCCUCUCACUCCUCUAACAUUGCCACCGUUGACGCCCGUAUCUCUGUCGUCGUACAGUUUCGAGCACUACAUGCACACCAAGUACCUGCCGGACAUCUUCCGAGGACGUAGCCACUCGGAUUCGGACCUGGUGCCGGGAUGGGACCAGAAACCUCCGUUGUCCAGCUCGUCGAUGUUCCUGAACCAGCCGAUGAGAAGCGGCUCGAUCGAGAGCGACGCGACGAGUCCGCAGGAGUCGCCGUUGGACCUUUCGAUGAAGAACCUGAUGGCGUCGGCCGCGGCGGCCGCUGCUUUCGGUAGACCACCGGCUCUUCAACUCUUACCACCGGGUAUCGUGUCGAGGGGCUCGGUUAGCGUGCCGGUGGUGAAGGGCGACGUGGCAUCGCCUACCACCAAGGAGAGCGUCGCCGUCAGAUACAACCUCGAAGUUUCGCCGGUGGUUGAAGAGAUGCCACCUGGCGCGGACGUCGCGUACGUUUGUCCGGUCUGCGGUCAGAUGUUCAGCCUUCACGAUAGAUUGGCGAAGCACAUGGCGUCGAGGCAUCGCAGACAGGGUCCUCAGGACGCGUCCGCGAAGGCGUACCUCUGCGACGUUUGCAAGAGGAGCUUCGCCAGGUCGGACAUGCUCACCAGACACAUGAGGUUGCACACGGGCGUAAAGCCGUACACGUGUAAGGUUUGCGGCCAGGUAUUCAGCAGGUCGGAUCACCUGAGCACUCAUCAGAGAACGCACACGGGCGAGAAACCGUACAAGUGCCCGCAGUGCGCGUACGCCGCUUGCCGUCGAGACAUGAUCACCAGGCACUUGAGGACCCACGCCAGAUUUCCCGACGUUCAGACGCCUAAGAGCGAACCUGGCCUCCUUGCCGGCGAGGAUAGCCCGAUGUUCACCCAGGAGAUGGCCUCUCCAUCGGCCACCAUCAAGGCCGAAUGACGACGGCCAGGUGGAUGAGCAGCCGAUUCAGCCGGAUAUCGAGCGGCAACUCGUACCACUUCGACGGGGUCUCGCAGACGACGAUGACAGCGACGAGGAUCGAGGAGGGCGACGGUGGUAGGCAAGACUUGUCUCGUUCGAAUUGGACCAAACUUUUGCGAGAGCUUACGAUCCCCUUAGAGUUAGGAAAAUUUAUUCAUUACCGUGGAAAUUCGGUAUUUUCUUGAAAUUUAUCUUGCGUAUCGAAGUCGAAGACUUUCAACAGUAUUACCGUACUCCAUCGUCUUCCCCUUGUUGCUUCUCCCGAACGAUCUGCGUCUUCUUUCUUGCCCUUCGAAGAUCGUUCCAACAAUGUUCGCCGUUUCGCGCCUGAUCUUUUCGCAUUUUCUUUUAUUUUCAUCGAAUCUCUGUCAAAAAUAUUGUUUCUGUUUCCUUAGAAAACUUUUCGGCGCAAACUGCGAUCAUCGUUAAACGUUGCCUACUCUCCGUCAAUAGAUAUUUCUACAUUUCGAACGCGAACGAAUUGCAUAUCCUUCAAAGUGCGGCAUCGCACCGCCCGAAAUUAUCUUCCCUUCAAACGUUCCGUCGCUUUGCAAAACGCUUGACGAAGAAAUGAUGAGGAAAACUUGUGCCAAAUUUUCACGGUCGGGCCGUAAUUUAGGUCGCGAUCGGAAAGAAAUUGCAUAUCGAUAGAGUAGAGCGCGAAGCAGAGAUCGUUGGCGGCAGUUUUGUCCUUCUUUCGUUAAUUCUGGGAGAAAAAGACUUCGGUUUUCGAAGAAAAUAAAUUUGUUUGUCGCCAGCAAUCUUGAAAGCUGUUCGUCGGGGAAAACGAAAUCAUCGAUACGCUCAAUGUUUCAUCGCGCUGUUCUCGAAAUCGUUGUUUCGACGUUAAAACGAUCUACCGAGCGCGUGAUCGGUAAAGUUAAUUGUUAUAAGAAAUUUUUGCACAGGAGAGAAUAAUUGUUUGUUUUAUUGUACGUUGCGAUAUUUCUCUCGACAGCGUCCUGUUGUAUAUUUAUCGAAACCCGUUUGUUGCUCGCGAAUCGAAGAGAGGUGUCGAAGAGAUCCUAGAAAGGAACCUCUGGAGGAGAUUGAAGCUCAAGCCACGAAACAGACGCGACGAGAUUUUCCUCGCUAGAAGAGGAACGAGAAAAACGUAUGAGAUAUGUGAAAAUGAAACGAACGUAAAACCGUACCUGCAGAAAGAAAGAAACUUAAAGCAUAAUAAAAAAAAAAGCGUCUACACGUAACGUUAAUUAGUGGGUAAUGUUAUUAAUAUUAUUAUUGCGUUUUAAUUAUUAUUAUUAAUAUCGAUACUAUGAUUAUUAAUAUUAUUCUCAUUGUAAAAUGUCGGCGUGAGAUUGUUACUAAGCGUGUGCAAGGAACAAAGAUAGAAAGAUAUUUUUUAUACACCGUCGAAAAGACUUGAAGGAGAAUAAAACACCGAACCGAACGAGAUAAUAACGAUUGUUGAAUCGUUGUUUCGCGAUUCCGUUCAGAAACAAUUUCGGCAACUCGCAAAUACUCACUGUUUCACAAAACGAUCGGUCCAAGUAGCUGUAUUCUUUCCAUGGACAUUUUGUCGACUGAUAUUCGAAUCAUUUCUAGCGUACGAUAACCGCUCGAUAAUUCGCGUUUAGGGCUCCGGAGGUGGAAACGAGAAAUUAACGAGGGGCUACUCUGUAAAAUUUUGUUUAAUCCCUAUGGGAAAUAGAAACUCUCGUCGACAAAGUGUCGGGAGUUGCGAUUUUCGUGUCUGACGAAGAGAGCACGCGCGGUGUCAGUCGCUUCAACCUUGCUCAACCUCGACCGUUUGCCUUUUUCCUUGCCAUAACUCGGCCACUGUCCAGUCUGUCUCCCGUUCCGUGGUCACGGUGAAACGGACAAUGACUAAUAUCGCGAGUCACGGCCCGUUGUUAAACGCACAAGCUCUCGAACGGGUGUCACCGUAAGUACGUAUGCGUAAAAAAAUAAAUAAAAGGUGUGCGCGUGUGUAUGUGCGUGCAAUCGACGCGUGCACGCACAGGUAACGUAUAACUGUAUUUUUAUAUACCGAGGUUUUUUUCUAAUUAGUCUACCGUUUCGAAGGAAGGGGAACGGAACGAGUAAUUAGCCAUUAAGGGGAAACUGUCGCUCUCUGCUUGCCAUUUUAAACUUGCCUCUGUCGAUCGUACGAUUACUCGGAAUGAAGGCGGCUUUGUCGGAGGGACAAAAAGGAUACACGAAGGAGAGGCCUCGAGACGGAUCUCGAAAUUUCGUGAAACCGUACGUCUCGCGACCCCGGGUACCUCGAUUUCGUGGGAAGUUUUGUUUAAGGUGGCGCGUAGCUACUCAAGAUUCCUUAAAACGUCGUUAAAAAUAAUUGUUCCAAUUUCUUUUUCUCUGUUCUCUGUUUCGGUUUGCUAGAAUCGUAGGAGCGAAUCUUGUUGGCUCCAAACAACAUUUGUUCACGUUUGUAAGUUUGUCGAGAUUUAGAUUAUCGUUGCAUCGGUACCGUCCGGCUCGACGCCGUCUUUCGUGUGGAUUCAGCCUUAGAAACGAGCCCUUUUUCAAGUGAAAACACGAAAGUAAAGGGUUAAAAGAUAUCUUGUGUAAAAAGCGCGUUCGUAGGUAAACGAUCGCCGUGCCAGACAACCUGCUCUUGUAAUUAUUAACACUCAUUUAGCCAUUCGUACGAUUAUAAUUAUUUCUAUGAUUAUUACAAUUAUUAAUUAUUAUUAUUAAUUAUUAUGCCUAGUUACGUUGUUAAGUGAUUAAUCAUGUUUAAUGCUUCUAUUAUUUAUUUUGUUAUCCUAUUCGCAAGUCAAGCUUCCUAUUUUUCCUUCUUUUCUUUACAUUCUUCGAUCCCUCUGUUCCCUUGUUCCUCGUUUCAUCGAAAAUACCGUUCCGUUUCAUCGUACGAUGAUCAGGGCGAAGAAGAACGCUCCAUCGCGCGAGUUCUUCGUGGAACGCACGCGUCUGCAUUUAUAAAACAAUCGUUUCGUUUCCUUUUCUUUUCUGGCAGUUUGUUUUCCAUGCUGCGAUCGAAUCUCGAGCUUCUUCUCCGCCCUAUUCCCGUCAUUUUCUUCUCCGGCGAAUGUACGAAUAAAGAAAAAUUUAAAAAAAAAGAAAGAACGAAGAGGGAAGAAAACGCGACGAACGAUGAAAAGGGUGGUUUGCGGACGAUUUUUGAAAUCCUGCGACAAUUCUGUUUAUGUUCUUUUUUUCUUUCUCUCUUUUUUUUUGUAUAACGACGAACAAGCAAAGAAGAAGCGAAAAAAAAAACGCUCACAGGGGUUACUGUAAAUUAUUGACGACGACGACGAUUGUGUAUGUUAAUUUAUAAAUUAUGUUGUGUUUACGAAUCGUGCCAGAAUGGAAAAAAAAUAUAAUUUUUCAACGAA